AUGGAGGAACGAGUCCACAAAGAGCACCAUGACGAUGACUUCGAACAGGCUCGACAAGCUGCGGACGACGAGCAUCGGCUGACAGCCGUGCAAGCCAUUCGCCUUCACCGUAAUGCUGUCAUAUGGUCGGUCCUGCUCUCGACUUGCAUCAUCAUGGAAGGCUACGACAUAGUCUUGAUGAACUCCUUCUUCGCGCAGCCAGCAUUCUCGCGCAAGUACGGCGAGUACCAAGCAGAUAGCGGCACGUACCAAAUCACUGCUUCAUGGCAGAACGGUCUCAGCAAUGCCGUUAGCGUGGGCACUAUGGUGGGAGCUUUCGCGAACGGGUGGUUUAGCCACAAGAUGGGCUAUCGUCCAGUGCUGCUCGCAUCACUGGCUUUGCUUUGUGCUUUUGUCUUUAUUUCCUUCUUCGCGCCGAAUUUGCCAGUCUUGCUGGUUGGCCAGUUCCUCUGCGGGUUACCGUGGGGCGUCUUCGCAACCAUGGCUCCCGCUUACGCUAGCGAGAUUUGUCCACUUGCAUUACGGGGAUAUCUGACUGUAUAUGUAAACCUCACUUGGGCCCUAGGUCAGCUCGUCUCCGCCGGUGUCCAGUCGGCCUUUUCUGACGGCUCAAACCAGUGGUCAUAUCGAAUUCCGUUUGCGAUCCAGUGGGCCUGGCCUAUUCCACUCUUCGUCAUUCUCUUCUUCGCUCCCGAGUCGCCCUGGUACUACGUGCGCACUGGCGACCGAGAAAUGGCGGAGAAAAUGGUGGCUCGACUCAGCUCGCCAGCCCAGCGGCACCUCGCUAAGCAAACGGUGGCGAUGAUGGUCCAUACAAACGAAUUGGAGAAGGGCCUGGACGAGAAUACAUCGUACCUCCAAUGCUUCAAGGGCAUCGACUUGCGCCGCACUGAGAUCGCAUGCAUGGCCUUUGCUGCGCAGCCUUUUUGCGGCUCCUCCAUGGCUGGAACACCGACCUACUUCUUCGUCCAGGCUGGAUUGCCCACUUCCCUCUCGUUCAAAAUGUCCAUCGGCGGCCUUGGAAUGGCUUCCGUCGGCACCAUCAUCUCGUGGUUUCUCAUGUCCUACAUUGGCCGUCGUACCCUCUAUCUCUGGGGUCUCGCAAGUCUGAGCGCCAUUCUUUUCAUCACGGGCUUCAUCAGUGUCGGCGCCAGCGACUCCCCAGCCGGCAAUUACGCACAAGCUGGCAUGAUGAUUGGCUGGCUGUUCGUAUACUAUCUGACUGUCGGUCCUAUCUGCUAUGCCAUCAUUGGCGAGGUCUCGUCGACUCGGCUGCGGAACAAAAGCGUAUGCGUCAGUCGCAUCGUGUACUAUAUUGCCCAGGUCAUUUGCAACGUCGUGAACCCGUACAUGUUGAACCCUACCGCGGGCGAUUGGAAAGGAAAGACGGGUUUCUUCUGGGGAGCGUGUGCGCUUGUGUUCUUCGUGUGGACGUAUUUCAGGCUGCCCGAGACUAAGGGCAGGACGUUUGAGGAGUUGGAUAUCUUGUUUGCGAAUCGGGUUCCAGCGAGGGAGUUUGCCAAGUAUAAGGUUGAUGCGUAUGCGGAAGGCGAAGGUGCGAUCAAGGUUCAUUGA